GGUCUUUAUGCCCACGCCAAGAAUUGCGGCAGACUGACGCCGGGGUGCCGCCGCCGCCUUCGUUAGGUGCUCCCAGCACGUCGGCGUCCCCAUGGAUCUCCUCGCCGCCAUCGGUUGCGCCUGUGCCGGGCUCCUGGCGGUGCUGGCGGUGACGCUGCUGGUGGUGGUGUAUCGCUUGGGGCUCCUCUACCAGCUCUGGCACAAGCACCUUCUCCUGCGCCAAUGCGUGAAGAAUUUUGGGGUGUCUCAGCUUGGUCGCAUCGGCGUUGCCGCCGUCACCGCCGGUCCCGGCGUCACCAACACGGUGACAGCCAUCAAGAACGCCCAGAUGGCCGAGUCACCGUUGCUGCUCAUCGGGGGAGCGGCCGCCUCGCUGCAGAAGGGUCGGGGAGCGCUGCAGGACAUCGACCAGCUCUCGCUCUUCAAGACGCUCUGCAAAGCCUGCGUCUCGGUGCGCGCCGUCCGUGACAUCGUCCCCACCCUCCGCAAAGCCAUCGCCACCGCGCAAUCGGGGACCCCCGUUUUUGGGGCUCAGCUGGACUGGUUUAAGGACCCAAUUGAGCUGGUGCAGCGGUGCGCGGAGCUGGUGAGCCGGGCCACAAAGCCGCUGGUGCUGGUGGGCAGCCAGGCCAUGCUGCCACCCACGCCGGCCGAGGAGCUGCGGGAGAAAGCAGUGACCCCCACCCCGCAACACCUAAACCCCCUGGACCUGCUGCACCGCCUGGAUGCGCUGUUGCCCCCCGAAAGCCUCCUCGUAGCCGACGGGGGGGACUUUGUGGGCACCGCCGCCUACAUCGUCCGUCCCCGACGUCCCCUCGCCUGGCUGGACCCCGGAGCUUUUGGCACGUUGGGAGUCGGUGGAGGGUUCGCGCUCGGCGCCAAGCUCUGCCGUCCCGCCGCUGGGGUUUGGGUCCUCUACGGGGACGGCUCGCUGGGCUACAGCGUGAUGGAGUUCGACACCUUCGUGCGGCACAAGACGCCUGUCAUUGCACUGGUGGGCAACGACGCCUGCUGGAGCCAGAUUUCCCGGGAGCAAGUGGCUUUGCUGGGCAGCAACGUGGCGUGUGGCCUUGAGUACCUGGACUACCACGCGGUGGCCGAAGCGCUGGGUGGCAAAGGCUUUGUCGUGGGGCGCCCGGACUGUGAGCGGCUGGAAGCCAUCCUCCGCGCCGCACAGGAUGCGUGCCGCCAAGGCCGCCCCGUCCUCAUCAACGCCCUCAUCGGCAAAACCAACUUCCGCGAUGGCUCCAUCUCUGUCUAGGGACAGUGUCCCCAAAAAUGUCCCGGCCGUGUCCCCGGUGGUGGGGACAGAAGAAAGGGAUGGGUUUGGGGGACAGUGGUGCUGUGCCCCUCCCCAUCGUGGGGGACAGCCAUGUCCCCCCACCAAUA